AUGUUAUGUUCAUUUUGUGUCGCGGCUCGGUGCGGGUUGUGUGUAUUGUACGUCGCGGCGGUGCACGAAAGUGGAAUACUAAAUAUACUGCCGAAUAACGGUUCAUAAAAGACCAGUGGAUAUUUGUAAGUUCUUUAAGAAGUGAAAAUGAGGCUGGCUUCAUGUUUACUUGUCGCAGCAAUCGUAAUGGGCGAAACAAAGGACCUUAAAUUAGAAACAUGGAUGAGAGAUUUGCCAGAACAGCUAAAGGAUGUGCCAUUUAUAUACCUUGCUAUACCAGGGAGUCAUGAUUCCAUGACAUACGGCAUCACUCGGUCUAGUGGGCUAGCCCCUGAUGCCGAGCCCAUCCUCCACCGAUUGUACCCUCUGUUCCGAGGUACGAUCAUGCGCUGGACCAUUACGCAGAGCCUAGAUACGUGGCAACAACUUCUCAUUGGCAUUAGGUACCUCGACUUAAGAUUAGCGACCAAGCCUGGCACUGAAGAGUUCUUCUUCACUCACGGACUUUACGCGGAGGAGAUAUCCAGUGCUUUGAGACAAGUCAAGGACUUUGUUGACACACACCCUGAGGAGGUAGUAAUCCUCGAUCUUCAGCAUUUCUACGGCUUCACCCCAACAGACCACCAGCGGCUGAUGCGGCUCCUCAUCAACCUGUACGGCUCCAAAUUGGUUCCGAGGCAUCUGGAUCUGCGCAGCGUCACUCUUAACUCGCUCAACAGACUGAACCAGCAGGUAAUAGUGGUAUACCGCAACGAAUCAGUAUACACAACGACCGAAUUCUGGCAACCGCAGAUGCUUCCAUCACCGUGGCCGCAACAGGACAAGGUCUCAGGCCUGCUGCGGUUCCUGGAGUACAUCCGGCGCCACCCCGGCACCGGCUUCGUGCACCAGGCCGUGCUCACGCCCACGCCCAGCUUCAUCGUGCUGCGGUGGACAUCGAAUCUUCGUGCGAAAUGCGCAGCGCCCGUAGUGAAGGAAGUGCUCCCCGUGCUCGCGGAGCUGGCGCCCGGGCCGCCGGGCCGCGCGGGCGGCGCGCCGCUCAACGUGGUCAUCGCGGACUUCGUGGACAUGGCCGACGCGGUCUUCCCCCGGACCAUCAUCAACCUCAACAACAAACUCUUGCAGAAUAGGGACGUAGUCUACCAUAGCUAUGGGUGAGAUCUCAAAUAAGUCGCUUAACUUCAAACUCGGGCACAGAAUAAAUAAUAGUACUAGGUACGAGACUCACUCUCUAAUAAUUAAUAAAACGCGUCUGUUACGAUCAGGACAGAUAUGACCGCUAGGUGGCGACAGCGCCACGCGCGGCUUAUUGUUGUGGACCGGAUGUACUUUUACCUACCUGUCGCGAAGCGACGAAAUCGCGGAGUGAGCUACGCGUGACUCGGGUAAAUCCAUCUGUCAGAUUAUGCGAUUUUGAUAUUAUGAAAAGACGAUAGGGUAGAUAUUUGCUGAGAUGGUCGAAUGAAUUUACUCGAGUUUGAAGUUAAGCGACACAAAUAAUGUACCUGGUUUUAGUUUUAAGGAUUACUUUAUAUUUUUAUAUGACAGUUUUCUGUGAUAUUUCAUAAAACAACUCAAUAAUAUAUAAGCAUAAUUAUUAACUAUAGGGAUUUGUUAUGAUAUCAGAAUGUACAUAUACUUAUUCCUUUAGUAGAAAUAACUGCCGUUUGAAGGAAGGACCGAGGCGCGGACGCUAUGGGCUACUUUAGACAUUUGUUUAGUUUUAUAUCCUACAAGCAAUGUUACUGAUAUUAAAGUAAAUAUUUUCUUGCAUUGAUCAUAGUUAUAUCUCUACAUAAGCUGUUGGCAGUUUUCAGUAUGAAGUGUCUCUCAGAAAAAAUAUUCAACUCGAUCCUACAGUACUUCAAAGUCCUCAAAUCUUUUUGUCACGUUCUGCAGAACUAUGGUCGUAAAUUAUCGAUAACAAAUAAGUACAAUGCGUUUAUUAAUAUAUAGGUAUUUAUGCUUAGGUUAUUUUUUAUUGUCUGAAUCAGACAUUUAAUUCAAAUACAAUUGUCAUCGUACAUAUCGAGAUUAUGAAUAACGCUGGCCUUAAUAUUGUAAUAAAUUUAUUUUGAAAUAAAAUACUAUAUUACGUA